UUCUUUUGUAUGCCACCGCCUAAAUUUUUGAGAAAAUUGAUUCUUGUUAGUGUGAGAAAAUUUCGAAAUUAAAUAAGAACCAACCAACGCUAAUAAUUAUUGUUAGCGACGUUGGUAAAAAACAUAUUGAAACGCCCCAGUCAGCAGCCAGAUAGGCUUUAUAAAUUAAUCCAUGAAAUCAUCCAUUUAUAUACGCAUUUGUGAUGAUCGUUGUUCAUUGUUUCUUGUUUCCAAACAAACUACAAACACCCAGUAGGUUGUUUUGCACGUGUGUCUUGAAGAGCGACGACGCACAUUCAUUCUUUGAAUUUGCUGAUCAAGAAGUUUUUUGCAGAGUUCCUUUUUACGAAACCGACUAUUCGGCAUUUUCCGAUUAGUCCUUAGUAAACAAUUUUUACUGUCGCAAUCGUUUAAUCGUUCCACUUUGAAUAGUUUGAGUGGCGGAUAUGAGAGGGACGAGUGUAUUUUACGUUGGAACUAAUUUUGAUACUUCUGAUUCGUUUGAAGUUGAACAACCAUUAUUUCAACGUUCCUACUUCGAUAAUAUUCAGUUGGGACAAAACCAUGGUUUCACCAACCGCGACAGGAGUCAAAGGGACCGGAUUCCAAAUUAUCCAUUGAAUAAUCCUGCGUGGAGCAUGAACAAUCACACCAAUGAUCAUCAUGGACAUUGUGACCAACAAAAUCGUAGAAAUCAACAAAUGAAUUAUUCCAAUCGUCUACCCUCCAUACUUAGUUCGAGAUUCAUAGAAGAACCGAGGGAUCGCAGUCACAGAGAUUAUGAAUUAGACCGUUUUAGUUCUAGGCAAGUACCGUGCCUUACAUAUCCCAAAAGAGAUACUUGUAUGUUCGAAAAGAAGCAGAGUAAUCAACAUCAACAGGAUGCAAAGUACUCAAGAAAAGUGAAUAAAUACCGAAACCAAAGUAUUCAUUCCCAGAGGAAAUCUCCUUCAAGAGAUAGAAUAUGCCGGAAGAAAUUAAUUAAAAAUAUAAAAACAAGUCAGGAUCCCGCGAAAAGAGAACAGAAGAAAGAAGAGAAUAAGGUUAAUAAAAUAACAGAUAAUCAACCGAUAAAACCAACCGAACCACCAUGUUCAGAUCUGACCGUUGUGAGUAUGGAUUUGGGUUCGGACGAUGAGUCAAAUUUGGAAGGACACAAGCACACAAGUGUACCCAAAAACACACAACAUCGAGUGAAAAAGAACGAUACAGAAGACAACACUUUGCAUUCGAAAGAGAAGGAAGUAGCUCAGACGGAAGUAAAGAAGAUAAAAAAAUCACAAAUUAACGAAAACAAUAAUAACACAUCACUGAUCCUAGAAACAAAAUCGAAAGAUAUUAGUAGUAGUAGUAGUAGCGAUAAUAAGACACAUAAAUCUCUCGAUUCAACGAAGAAACCUGAAAAUAUACGAAUAACAGACUCGAGUAAACCUAGAACUGUAACAAGAGAUCCAAGGCUGCCGAAUAAAAACGAGAACGAAUCGAAGAAAGAACAGGAUUCUAAUUCGAGUGUUUUCGAUUCAACCAACACUGAUAAAUUAAGUGAUCCUAGAAUACACAAGAAAGUCGAUAAGAACAACCCACUGGUGUUGAAAGUACCAAAUUUUUGGGCGCAGUGGAAGAGGUACAGAAUGAAGAAGAAGGCGCCUCGCAAACAACAGGGCAGUAGCCAAAUAACCAAGCAAGUAAGGAAACGGAACAUAAAAAAUAAAUCUUCGGUGUGUCUUACGAACAUAGCCGAACUCAGGAAAUAUACCGAGAUACCGAUAAAGGGAUUGUUGAAGUUCUGUUGCCACGUGAGCGUGCGUAGAGACGAGUGCAAAUCCGGUCCACUUCAGAAUCUAUCAGAUUCGAGAAUCAAAUCUUUGAUAGAUACUAAGAAAUCGUAUUUGACGGAGGCAGAUACUGCCAAGAAGGUUUCGCAGACGAAGGCAACAAAGCGAUCGGAGUCAUCGCAAGGACGAGAUGAGAAAAAACAAGAGAAAAAGUCAACGGGAAACUUGUCUGACAGGAAAGAUCGAACCAAAGAGAAGGACAACAGAGCAAAACACGAAUGUCGAAAGGAGAACAAUAAAUUAGAAGCAACAACAAAUAGACCGGCAGAUGGAGGAGACGCUAAACGCGAAGAAACUUACGGGACUAGUAAAAUAACGAGUCCUCCCCGUAUUAGUACUUUGAAGUUGCAAAUGCAGUCCGCAAUACAUGAGGUGUACAAGAUUUCCAAGGUCGAUCCGGUCGACAGUAAAAAAAUCGAAAGGGAACCAGCGUUGAAACGAAAACUAGAAGCUUCGCCGAAAAUAACGAAAAGGAAGAAGAGGGAUAAGGGUAUAACUCGAUGGAAUAAGCCCACAGAGGAGACGGAAAAGACUGUGAAACCUAAACCUUCUAUGGCACCUUCUCUACACGACAUGCCAGAAAUCGAUUCGGAUUCUGUUGAUUCAGAAAGCCACCAUAAAGAGAAAUCUUCCCAUGCUGAGGUCCCAAGCACCAAAUGCGGUAUGGUUAGUGAACACUCCACACCUGCUGAAGCGACCUCUGAACGUCCCGAAACAAAAUCAGGGGAAAUGCAAGGAAACUGCGAGGCACAGAAGAAGGAUGUGGAGUAUUCACUGCAUAUCCCAGAGUGUGCACCUAGCAAUUCGAGCCCUGAUAUGGAACAACUGUCUUCGGAAGAACUGAUCAAAGUGCUCGACGACCAAAUCGAGAGUAUUUUCCGCGACACGUCCAAAAAAGUUCAAGAAAACAGCCCAUCGCCGUCAUCUGAUAGCGAGAACCCUAAAUCACGUGAUGCUUCGGUUGUCGCCGAUGAAUUGUUGGGUGCAUCAUCCGAAGCUGGUGCUGGUGAAUCUGCAGAGAAAGGCAGGGAUCAGAAUCUGGUCGACAAGCAAGUUACUCCCGAUUCGUCCAAUGAUCCCGACAAAGAUUCUAGUCAGGAUGAUGGAGUGGAGGAUUUCUUCGAAGAUGAAGGGGAUGAAAUGUUAUUACAAGUUAGGGUGAUCACGAAUCCUGAGGUUAAGGAGGAACCAGCAGAAGAGAUACCUUGUUCGGGUAUUGAUUUAUUCGGUCUUCAACCUGAAAUCAAGGCGGAAGAACCCCAGAGGUCUUUGGAAAGAGACGAAUCCUCCAAUGGAAUAUGCCAAAUAAGCCCUGCGAACAGUCCAGAUGUAUGCGUUGCCGACAGAAGUGAUGCAGUUAAUGGAAAUCCUUCUGCAGCGUCUGGCCCGACUACCAACGAAGCAAAUUGUUCUUCAGCGUCUGGAUCGAAUGAGGUUGGUGCUGUCACGUCUGCGUCUUCGACGGUGAAUGUUGCAACUGAGAAUGCAACGAACAUGUCGCAACAGGCAGACACCAAAGAGUCCGACAAGAAUCCCCUUCGUGUAAUUCGUGUUGGAGACUUCACCAUAUCUUACGAAGCUACACAGGGAACAAAACAGGGUCUUCUAGAUGGAACAAACGCGAAUGGAACGUGUGAAGUGUCUAAAAACCCGGAUAAUGCCAACAAACAGACACAGUCCAGUCAAAAUUCAACCGAGCCUCUACCAGUGAUGGCUAGUUACUCGCAUCUAAAAAAUCCGGUGGGAUUGACACCGAGUACUUCAGACGCUGGAUCUUUUGUAACUCGAAACGACCAAACCAACACCCAAUCUACCGCCCACAGCUCAUGUUCGGUUACGCAGAUUCCCAACGUGAAUACGAAUACGGGAGGUCAAGUUGGAGCAUCCCCCGCCGAACAGCCACCAAUUGACGUCAGGAGACGCGUUCCCCAACUGUCGAACUUGUCCAGAAACUUCCCCACCGUCAAGCAAUCCCCAAGCAGCAAGACUCAGCAACCGGCGGUGACGCCAGACUUUGCGCAUAGGGUAUAUAAAAUUUUGAACUGCUACAUAACGGCCAACUUCCGUUUCGCGAACCUCGUGGAGAUGUUGGAGUCCCUGAAUAAAAAUUUCAACAUAGAACAGGACAUCGCUAACAUAAGAUGCACCGCAGCUAGGAUGCGUAGCGUGUUCGGCAGUAUGCUGCUGACCAACAUGAGGACCCUACCACCGAAUGUUCGGAAUUUCGACGUAUUCGCCAACUACUUCAUGGAGUUCCUUGGUCAGAUGAUCCAGAACAACAAGUCGAAGCCGUAUAUGAGUAAAUUCCUAUGGGAACUAGUCAGCGCUUACUGGGCAGAUUACGAGACCAACGACACCCUGAGAAAAUUCAGGAAUUUCAUUGAGAAUGAUGUGAGGGUCCUACAGAGCUUGAAUGAUAGCGGCAUGACAGGGGAGCAGUACGUGGUAUUACGAUCACAGAUCUGUCAAUACGUCCGAUCUUUGAAAACAUCUAAACAGCAUGGCGCAGGACAGAACAACAAAUCAAAUGAAAAUGUCAACAAGCAUCCUCCAAAUCAGAAAACAACCAAUAUGCCUAGAAAUACACCUCUUGAUUCGAUGAUGGCUAUGGCAAACACGGGGAAUAUCACUAGACCAACGGUCAUCGCUCAAAGAACAUCGGUAGCUUGUUCAACUACGACCAAUCAGAAUGUUACUUACGCACAUUCAAACAUUCCAACACAUAUUUCUAAUAACGCAAAAGGCAAUCAAACGAACGUCCAUCAGAAGGCUCCGGGACUUAACAACAAUAAACGACCAAAUGCAGAAAUGGCUCCACCGAACGUCAAUAUUCCGCAUUAUACAAACGUGCGUACCAACUUUCAACAUGCAACGGCUGCAGGAUACCAACAGCUUUUCAAUCAUAUUCCUGGAUCUGUAGCAAACCCACAGAUAUACGGUACCAAUAGUCAUCAGGUGGAAGCGCCACCACAGAAAAAACGGAAUAUAGGCCCAUGUAACACGAUGUGCAAUAACCAAAGAGCUAUGGAAUCGAAUAAGAGGAACCCCGCCCCUAAUCAGUUGAUACUAUCAUUAUUGAGUGGUGAAUCGGCUGGUGUCCCCAGGAAUGUACCAGAGACUUCUCAGAUCAGGACAAAUACACCGGAAGGAAAUGGAUUACAGCCGACAUCGAGGUACAUGUACCAGCAGGUUCCAGCUACAAGAGGUUCAGCUUAUCCGUGCAACUCGGCGGGAUACAAUUCGGCAGGUCUUCAUUCGAAAUCUCCAAAUUUGAAUGGUUACCCGGGUUGCUGUUCCGCGAGUCUCCCACAAACGUCUGGAACGUCCAACGUUUCUUCUCAGUGCAAUUCUGGAUGUCUUUAUCCAGCACCCGCAAUAUCCAGUGCUUCUACAGUGUACAAUUAUGGUGGUAUACUGCCAUCGUAUGCUUCGAGUGUUGCCAAUUCAGCGAGUUAUCAACCAGUCCCUCCUGUAACGAAUGCUCCUGCGCGUUACUAUCCUACAACUCCCUCAUCUAAUGCUUCUCCUGGAUACACUACUGUUAGUACAGAUUCCAAACCUACCCCAUCCAGUAUUAUCAACGCUGCCAGUUCAAACCUUGCAUCUUCACGAUGCAAUCCUGAAAGACCCAAUCCGGCACCUUCGAUGCCCAACGCUUCCCCAGGUCUUAGCCCAAUAUCCCCAUCGAAUACUCCUCUGGAACUCAACCCAACACCCACAAAUGCUCCUCCGCGGUGUCAUUCAGCAAGUCUAUAUCCAACCCCGCCUAUUUCCAACCCUUCUGGUCAGUGCAGCCCUUACGCCACACCGAUACCGAAUGUUCAGCAACCUCCUGCAACUGAAGAGAGAGAAGAUAAACCUGGUGGGAUGAAUCAAAAUCCAAUGGACGAUUCGGGAAUCACCACAAUUUCAGACGAUGAACAAACGGACGUGAAGCCCGCAAAUUCCUCAGCCUUAAUUGACAGGACAGCGUUGCGCGAACCUUCGCUGAACUUGAAAGACGAACCGGAUGAAAUCAUCGACUUGACUUGGUUGGACGAUGAAGACGUCAAGGGAGAAAGUUUGGAAGAUGGAGAAAGCAGCCAGUUUAUGGAUGAGUCCUUGUUGAUUUUACACAACCGUCCGUGUCUUUGUGGGAAGAUUGCAGAGUACCUGUGUUCCUGCAAUACUGUCAUGUAUUGCAGCCAGGAUUGUCAAUUCGAAGACUGGAUAAAUCAUCAGAAAGUUUGUCCCUCAGGCAUAACGAUGGGAUAAAGACAAACCGAUGAAGCAUUGAUUAAUAAAUAUUGCUUAUAUUUUUAUAAAAAUUAUUUUUCAGUAUUUGAGUUUAUGUUAAAGCAGUUAUAUUUCGUUAUUUUUUCUCUUGUUCGUUUUCGUUGAAAAUUUGUACAUAGUUCUAUUUAUUAUGAUUCGAUUACAUGUAUCUUAGCUAUUAGGACAAAGUUUCAUUCUCCUUGAGUUAUAGUUUCGACUUUUUGUACCUGUUAUUAAAAUAAUUUGAUGGUUU